GCGGAGCUUCACAACAAAGAUGGAGGCGCGAUGUGACAGUUAGAAUUUCAUUUUUCAACUCGACAUUGCGUUCAGCUGAAGAUGGACGCGCCGGAUAUAUCUGAACAGAGCGCAGAGAAACGCGUCAGCAUCGGCGGAUCAGAGCUGGUGGAAAAUUACACAGUUUACAUUAUAGAAGUAAAGACUGGAGACCACAGUUGGACCAUCAAGCAUCGCUACAGCGACUUUCACGAUUUGCAUGAAAAACUCACUGCGGAGAAAAAGAUCGAUAAACAUCUGUUGCCACCCAAGAAGAUCAUUGGCAAGAAUUCCAAAAGCCUUGUUGAGAAGAGACAGAAGGAGCUGGAAGUUUAUAUCCAAACUCUCUUAAGCAGAUUCCCUACAGCGACCCCAAAAGUCUUGUCCAACUUCCUGAAUUUCCACUUAUAUGAAAUCAAUGGAAUUGCGGCUGCCCUUGCAGAAGAGCUGUUUCAUAAGGGUGAGCAGUUGUUAGCUGCAGGUAAGGUGUUUCUCCUGAGACCCCUGCAGCUGUACGCUGUCACCCAGCAGCUGAAACUCACCAAGCCCACCUGUGCCAACGGAGAUGCCAAAGCUGACAUCGGGCACAUCCUGGACUUCACCUGCCGCCUCAAGUAUCUCAAGAUCCCUGGAUCGAAAAGAACGGUGGGAACGAGUAACAUUGAGGAGCAGAGCCUUCCAUUUGACCUGUCCAUCUUUAAAGCACUGCUCCAGAUAGAGAUCAGCAAUUGUGAUGCUGGACAGAUCAAAGGUCUGCCCUCUCUGAAACCCACUCUGAACACACUCAGCAUACACCUCUCGGCCAGUAGUAUGAAGGAAAUCUUAGUUCCGGAAGCAUCUGAAUUUGCACAGUGGGAGCCUGAGGGUGUAGAUACAGACUGUCCCGUCACAGCGAUUAUUCCCACAUGGAAGAUGCUCACCACUCUUGACAUGAGCCGAAACUUCAUACGCUGCAUAGACGAGUCAGUGAAACUCAUCCCUGAAGUUGAAUUCCUUGAUCUUAGCUACAAUGAGUUGUCUGUAGUGGAAAACCUUCAGCAUUUGUACAACUUGGUUCAUCUGGAUCUGUCCUUCAACAAACUCACUGUCCUGGAGGGUGUUCACACUAAACUCGGGAAUAUCAAGACUUUGAAUCUGGCUGGGAAUCAGCUGGAAACGCUCUCCGGUCUCAGUAAACUUUACUCGUUAGUUAACUUGGACUUAAGCAGCAACAAAUUAGCCCAGCUGGAUGAAAUUAAACACAUUGGCACUCUUCCCUGUCUGGAAAAACUGACUCUGGCCAAUAGCCCCAUGUGUAUCAUCCCAGACUACAGAACUAAAGUUCUGGCCCAGUUCUGUGACCGGGCUUCUGAGGUGUGUUUGGAUGGUACAACCACCACAGAGAAAGAGCUGGACACUGUGGAAGUCCUGAAAGCCAUUCAGAAAGCUAAAGAGGCCAAAGACCGAAUGGCAAACAAUAAUAAAAAGGUGAGUUACGUCUCAGGGCAGGCCGCGGGUGGGCCACAGUCGUCGUCCUCAUCUUCUCUCGUCGUGCCGCCCUCCUCUUCCUCCCCCUCUCUGUCCCGUUCCAACUGCUCCAGUCAAGAAAUAACUUGUAUAGAGAAAGCUUUUGUUUCCAAAGAGAUAUUAACUCCUGUGGAUUCUACACUUACCCAAAGAUGCUAUGAUGUUUACAGCCCACCCUGUGAGGUUAUCUUGCAGGUGCAAACUCAAAUUGAUUCCUGUUUGUCUUCUGGUGUCCCAUGUGAGAGCGGCAGAGAGCAGCACUGCAGGAGGAGAGGAAGAAUUACACAGCUCACAGUCCAGAUGCACUCUUAACUUUCCAAAGAGCUUCAGGUGAUGUAGAUCGCAAAGUAUGAGGAAAUUAUAAUGCAAAAAUAGAAAAUAAGUAAAUACAGAAGCGCACUCGUUGUGGAAUAAGUGGCGCUGCCGCUCUGCUGAAGCAAAACUUGCAUGUUGAGCAUCUUUAAAGGAAACACCCCGGCAUUACAUCUUUAAUGCAGUUCUAUUUAACGCGUUAUAGCUUUAUUAAAGUUCAAAUAAUACGGAAGCAGAUCAUGUAAAUAACUACAAACUCUGAUACUGGCAUUUCUCUGUGCGGUCAACGCCUCUUCUAUGAGUUGUGCGAAUGUCCCAAUCUAAGGGGGAGAGAAUGAAACUGCAUCCGGCUGGUGUACACUCUGUCACGGGACACUCGUCCCUCGAGCACGCACGCUUAAUGCAGCUAGACUAUAACGUGAUGACUCGUGACUUAUUGAAUCAUAAUAUAUGUGUCACUGUGCAUUACUUAUUGUGAAGAAAAUUGGCAAUAUGCAGCUUUAUUAAUAAGAGAGAGUUGUGUUUUUGAGAGUUAAAGAUGGAGUGACGUGAACCAAAAGAUGAGAGAGGGAAGUCUUCGCCCCAUUACACACUGCAACAAAAUACGUUUUUGAUUUGUUUUUGUUUUGGCUUGUUUUCCAAUAUAAAUAUCUAAAACUCAUUUAAAACAAUGUACAUUUUCUUUAGCAGCUAUACUGCAGAAGAGAAUAUUGUUAUCUGAGAAUGUUGAAUAUAAUAUUAAAAAUACAAAUAUUUUAAAAUAUUUAAAAACCUUUUAAAAAAGUUGCAUUCACCUGAGAAGCAGCAUAUAAGAUAUUUAGACUCACUUUUAGAGAACAGAUCUUGAAUAUAAGUAUAUUUUGUCUUUACUGCACUCGCAGAAGUAUAACGAAGUGAAAAACUCUUAUAUACAAAAUACACUUAUAUUUAAGAUACAUUCUCUUAAAGCAAGUCUAAAUAUCUUAUAUGUUGCUUAUCAAGUAAAUGUAUCUUGUUUUAAGGAUUUUUAGACCAUUUUAAAUAGAAAACAAGACAAAAACACUUGAUAAUAAUAGGAUUAUUUGCAGUGAAUUUCUUUACUGAUUAAACUUAAAGUAUUUUUUCGCUUUAAUUCAGUGAAUGUCAUUUAGAGGUAUUUUUAAAAGAUGAUUUUGUCCUCUAUUGUUAGUAAGCACGUGUAAUACAACCUUUUAAGUCGGGCACAAGCUGAAUAAUCGUUUAAGAGGUAAUGAUUAAUCGCGGAAUAAUCGUUCUAAUAAUCGUUAGAUUAAGCAUUUAUCAAAAUAAUCAUUAGUUGCAGCCCUAAUUUGUACCCUUGAUUGAGAUGCCUAAAUUUAGGUUGUUCUGGGGAGAUUGUUCUUGUGAUAACUGUAUUAAAAGUUGUUUUGGAUAAAGUAUGUGCUAAAUGACUUGCUUAUUUACAGUAGAUACACUGGGUUGCUUUUUCACAGUGUUGCUCAGGAAGUCCCGAGGCCCCAUUUAACACUCUCUCUGCUGUACCCUGCCAAAUCCCUCAUUCAGCAGCUAACGGAGGACAACCAGUGUCCCUCACACCUCUCUCUGUCCUCUUCCCUACUUUUCCUCUCGUCU